AGGACCGCGUGUGGCUGUUAGGACCGCGUGUGGCUGUUGAGGCCGCGAGGUGGCAGCGCCGGACCUCGGCCUAACCUUGUCGUGCAACAAACACGACAACGACAAGAAUAACAACAAAAACUCGAAUGUGGCGCGGGUGGUAGAGUCGGCCUAUAAAGGCGGCGCGCCGCGCGCUCCGCUCGCAGUCGGAGCGGCCGGCGCCUCGGGGACGUCAGCGGCAGCAGCAGCAGCAGCGGCGGUGGCGGUGGCGGCGGCGGUGGCCAUGGACGCGUGAUUUGACUGCCAUUUGCUGCCUGGGCCAUUUGUUUUGGAUUGCGACGUUGCCAUGGUGACGCUCAUCACGGAGAAGCUGAAGAGCCAGGCCCUGGAGGACUCUUCCCGCCAGAGCGCAGGCCUGUAUCCCGCACAGAAGUUGACCCGGGGCCCCGGGUGGUUCCUGUAUGACUUUGCUGGAAAAAACAAAGGGAAGACCUCUAUAUGGAACAUGUUCUCUCAGACGUGCCCCAUCAAGAUCCGGCCCAAGCCCAGCGUGGCCAUGACAGCGGCGCCCAGCACCGGCCCGGGCUCGGCGGCCAAUGGGGGCGGCCGCCACACGUCUCCCCGGCACGGCGCCAACGCCGGCGCGGGACCCAACGGCGCCGCCGCGACCUCCUCCUCCUCCGCCGUUGUCACGGGUCUCAUCCGAGAGCUCAACAUCAACGAGACGCUGGUGGGGGGCGGCGGCGGCAGCCCACUGACGCCGCCCAGCAAGCGCCACUGCCGCUCCCUGUCGGUGCCCGAGGAGCUGUCGCGCUGCCGCUCGCCCUGGAAGCCCGGCUCCAAGAUCUGGACGCCGGUCACCAAGCGACGGUGCCACAGCGGGGGCAGUGCCACCCUGCAGCGCUGCAACAGCCAGGGCAGCGCCGCCGCCAGCAUGGUGCAGAGGCCCUUCCUGGGCUGCGGCGCCAGCUCGGCCUACUUCAAGCCGACGGUGACGUACGCGGGCUCCGGCUGCUGCCUGGCGAAGGCGUCUAAUAGCCGGGCCACCGCGGUCUCGCAGGCGUCCGGCGGCGUUGGCUGCGGGGCGUUGUUUCAAGGUUGGGGCGGCGUCGGCGGCUUCCCCUGCUUCCCGGCACCGGUGACCCCUCCGGAGUCGCCCGUGCCGCGGCCCGCCUCGGCCAGCGCCGGCUGGGGCCUGAGCGGCCACAUGGAUGAGCGCAGCUGCACCCCGUGGGGCCAGUGUCUCUGGGCGCCGGCGUCCGCCCCGCUCGGCUCCAGCUCCGCUGCCGAAUCGCAGGCGGCGGCGGUGGCGGCAGAGGCCGGUCCCAGCGCCGGUCCCCCGUUCCACCUGCUGGAGGCGCGGCGCCGACUAUCUCUCUCGCAGGAGCGCAUCACGGAGUCGGGCCGGGCGCUGCUUUGGGGUCACGCCGGCGGCACACCGGAGACCGGCAGGCGGGCAGCGCCGGCGCACGUGACCACCGCCGGCGCCGGGCACAACAGGCUUCCCCGGUGCCGCUCGCAGCCGUGCGUCUCCAACGAGCGCAAGUCGGGGCUCAAGCGGCGGCGAGACGACGACGUGCGGUGGAUCCGACCCUCGCUGGACUUCCUCAAGAUGACGUCGCAGACGCUGAAGAACUCCCAGAGCUUGUGCUCGCUCGAUGACGAGAUGGAGGCCGUGAGCCCUGCGCUGGAGACCAUUGUCUCCCCCAGCGAGGGCGAGGGCCACCUCGCCGCCGCGUACGCACGGGCGGCGCGCAGCAGCAGCGGCAGCAGCGGCACCGGCAGCGACGAGGACGACGACGAGGAGGAGGAGGAGGACGGCAGGAAAGAGAAGAGCGACGGCGGAGGAGGUGUCUUCCACCUGGACUGCGAUGAGCUGGACGUGGAUGAAAUCGAGAAGAACUGAGGGUUGCGAAGGGGGGAGAAGAAACGUGGACCGAGAGCUGGAGGGGCACGUGGGGGGGCAGCGGCAGUACUCGCCGAGACGCUGGUGACGAGCUCCGGCGGUGUCCGGCCCGGUCCCUGCCAGGUCGUGGCGUGGUAGUGGCUGCCCCC